AUGUUCAGAACAACUAGAGGACUAGCUACAUUUGCGAGACUUUUGAGUCAUGAGAACCCAUUGGGCCUUCCCAAAUUCCAAAGGAAUGGCUCAGCUGCACCUGGACCCUCGAAAGGCCUUCCGAUAAAACAACCCAUUCCAAAUGUAAAAGACAUCAUCUUGGUAUCAUCAGCCAAAGGCGGUGUUGGAAAGUCAACUGUGUCAGUAAACACCGCUUUAGCUCUUCGAAAACUUGGGAAAAAGAUAGGUUUAUUGGAUGCUGAUAUAUUUGGCCCAUCAAUUCCACGAUUGAUGAACUUGAAAGGAGAGCCAAGAUUAUCACAAACUACAGGUAAGUUGUUACCGUUAUCAAACUACGGCAUUCAGACAAUGUCGAUGGGAUAUCUUGUUAAAGAUGAACAAGCAGUAGUUUGGCGUGGAUUGAUGGUGAUGAAGGCUAUCCAGCAAUUGCUUUUCGAUGUUGAGUGGUCUCCCAUUGAUUAUUUGAUUAUAGACAUGCCUCCCGGUACAGGGGAUACCCAGUUGUCCAUUAGCCAGUUGCUUAACAUUUCAGGUGCCCUUAUUGUCACUACGCCACAAGACAUUGCACUAAUCGAUGCUGCGAAAGGGAUUACCAUGUUCAAUAAAGUUAACAUACCACUUAUCGGAAUUGUACAAAAUAUGAGUCAUUACAUCUGUCCCAAUUGUAAUCACGAGUCUCAUAUAUUCAAGAGUAAUGGUGCAGAAAGAGUAGCCAAAGAAAAUGGGAUCAAAGUCGUCGCUAAUGUGCCCUUAAACGAAGAAAUUUGCCUUCAGUCCGAUCUAGGCAAACCAAUUGUUGUUUCAGAUCCGGAUUCCAAGGUUUCAAAAGAUUAUUUUGAUAUUGCAAAGGCAGUAAUGAACUUUAAAAUUUAG